AUGGCGGGCAUGGGCGAUGGCUACGUGGGCACGGCGCAGGACGCCGUCCGAAUCCGACGGCUGGAGAAGCAGAGAGAGGCCGAGCGCCGCAAGAUCCAAGAGCUCAAGAACAAAACCGCCUCUUCGAAAGGCCAACCCGGACUCCUCCAAUUCGGCUCCAGCACGUCUGAGAUUCUCGAGACUGCAUUCAAGAAGGAAACAGUUGGUCUUGUCACAAGAGAAGAAUACGUGGAGAAGAGGGUGAAUAUUAAAAACAAAAUCGAAGAGGAAGAGAAGGAGAAACUUCUUAAGCUGCAAAAAGAGGAGGAAGAACUUCAGCUGCAGAAAUUGAAAAAGCGGAAAAUAAAGGCAGAUCCUCGAUUAUCGUUUGCUGAUGAUUUUGAAGUGGAGAACGAGGAAGAUGAGGAAAAUAAUGAUGAGGAAUCAGAAAGGCUUCGCCGCCGAAAGUUUGGGAAACUUGGGAAAGAUCCUACAGUUGAGACCAGCUUUUUGCCUGAUAGGUGUUGCAUCUCUUCCUUUCCUUUUAAUGCUCACAUAUUUGUGUCUAUAUUCGUGAUGCGUAUUGCAUAUGAGCCUCUUCAAAUCACGUACAGCUAUUGGGAUGGUACUGGCCAUCGACGUGCUAUCCAGGUUCGGAAAGGUGAUUCUAUUGGGGAGUUUCUUCGUGCUGUUCAGCAGCAGCUUGCUCCCGAGUUUCGAGAGGUCCGGACUACUUCUGUGGAGAAUCUGCUCUAUGUGAAAGAAGAUCUCAUCAUUCCACAUCAACACAGUUUCUAUGAGCUGAUUGUGAAUAAAGCUAGAGGGAAAAGUGGACCGCUUUUCCACUUUGAUGUGCAUGAGGAUGUCCGAACCAUUGCAGAUGCAACAAUAGAGAAAGAUGAGUCACAUGCUGGUAAGGUUGUGGAGAGGCAUUGGUAUGAGAAGAACAAACACAUAUUUCCAGCAUCGAGAUGGGAGAUAUAUGACCCUACGAAGAAGUGGGAAAGAUACACGAUUCACGGGGAUUAA